AAAAAUCUGCCAAAUUAAUAAAAAGAAAACACAGUUGAAAUUAGUUUUUUCUCACUUAUUUAACAUUUAACUCACCUUGUUAAAUACCCAAAUAUCUCCAUUACUGAAAAUUACUGAAAAUGGCUUUAACAGGAUUUCUCGUGCGUGGACUUCAUUGCUAUAGAAAGAAUAGUUGUCUUAAGACGAAUUCUGUUUGUUUCCUUCAAACAUUUUCACCAAUUUUCCAAUUAGAAGAAUAUGGAAAAUUAUUAUCUGGCUCAGACAUAGCUGAGAAAAUCCAAACAAGCUUAUGUGACCAAGUUCAGAAAUUUAAAUUGCACCAUUCCUGCUUUACUCCACAGUUAGCAAUUGUUCAAGUGGGUGCUCGAAAAGAUUCAAAUACUUAUAUAAGAAUGAAAAUGAAAGCAGCUGAAACAAUUGGGAUUAUAGCCACACAUUUUUGUCUUCCAUCAACUACAAAUCAAACUGAGCUUUUGAAGACCAUAUCUCACCUGAACUUGAACCCUAGUGUUCAUGGAAUAAUUGUGCAGAUGCCAUUGGAUUCUGCAAACAUGAUUGAUUCUACGCUCAUCACAGAUUCAGUUAUCCCAAACAAAGAUGUUGAUGGAUUAAAUACAAUAAACCAGGGAAAACUAGCUGUUGGUGAUUUGGCUUCUGGGUUUCUGCCUUGUACUCCCAAUGGCUGCAUAGAAUUAAUAAGAAGAACCGGGAUACUAAUAGAGGGAAGUAAGGCAGUUGUUGUUGGACGUAGUAAGAUAGUUGGAACUCCUACUGCCGAACUCUUAAAAUGGCAUAACGCAACCGUAACCAUUUGUCAUUCAAAAACCAAAAACUUGCCUGAAGUGAUUGCUGAUGCAGAUAUACUUGUGGUUGGAAUCGGACAGCCUAACAUGGUUAAAGGAGACUGGAUCAAACCAGGUGCAGUUGUGAUAGAUUGCGGUAUCAAUUCUUUACCAGAUACGAAGAGUUCGACGGGAUAUAGAUUAGUAGGGGAUGUGGAUUUCGAAAAAGCCAGAAAGAGAGCUAGCUGGAUUACUCCUGUUCCUGGUGGGGUUGGACCCAUGACCGUAACCAUGCUAAUGAAAAAUACCGUUUUAGCUGCAUUAAAAUCCACAUUAGGCAAUAAAGUGUAAUAUUGUGAGCUGA